UACUGGGGUAACGUCAACAUCAUCUCGAAUUGUCGACUUUCUUACGAAGAAGCUACUUAGCUGUAGUUUAGUAUUUUGUUGGAGACAUAAGUAUAUCAACGAAGACGACUACUGAAUAUUUUAGAGCACCGCAAUAUCGUCGAAACUACAAAGAACGAGUCCAGUUUAAGGCAUCAUGGCAAGCCAACGGCCUUCCUCUGGCAUGGGCCGCCCAGCUAGCCGCAGUGGUUCUGUGGUCUCUGGAGCUGGAAGACCCCCAACUGCUAUGCGACCUCCUCCUACAGCUUUACGUGUUGCAACGGGGAUGGUUCCAGGUACUAGUGGUCAUCCGAGUAUGAGGGGUGGCCUCACCACCGCCACUCCUGGGGUCUUGUCAGCACCAAUCAAAGUGACUGACAGGCCUGUGACCCAGCAGGGCCUCAGUGGGAUGAAGACUGGCAUGAAAGGACCUCAGAGACAGAUUCUGGAUAAAUCCUACUACUUGGGCCUUCUUAGGAGUAAGAUUAAUGAGUUAACUACAGAGACCAACAAGUUGCACAAAGAGAUCGACAACUACAACCAAGAGAACUCAGUUUAUCUCUCCUAUGAGAAGAGAGCAGAAGUACUGGCCAAUGAGAUUAAGGAUUUACAAGGCCAGCUUGCGGACUACAACAUGCUGGUGGACAAGCUCAACAUCAACACCGAGAUGGAGGAAAUGAUCAAUGACUACAAUAUAUUAAAAGCCCAAAAUGACAGCGAAGCUGAAAGCAUUGACAGCAUCUUCACUGAGAGGAGGGAGAGAGAGGAAGCUAUCAGAGCGAUAGAAGAGGAGAUCAGGAGGGAGAGGAGGGUUGCUGACGAGGUUGUCCAGUCAAUGCCAGCUGCAAAGCAAGAAAAGUAUUUUGCAAUGACAACAGCCAAUGAGGACCUGCUACAGGAGCUAAGUGUUAUCCAGGAAGAGCUGGACAUUCUCAUAACCAGGAAGGAGGACUACGAAGCAGAGCUCGCUCACUCGCACAUAAAGCAGGAAGUAGUCCGGCUGCAUGAGACUCUGUCAGCACUGGAGGCGAAGCGUGAUGCCAUGGAAGCUGAGCACAAGAGCCUCGGCUCCCCACAGGAGGAACGAGAGAGAUUGUUAAAACAGGUGAAAGAAGACAAUCAGGAAAUUGCCAGCAUGGAAAGACAGCUAACAGAGAUCAGAGACAAGACGGGACAGAUCACAGAGGAGGUCCGUCAGCUGGAGCAGGACUCUGAGGAAGCACAGGGGGAGUGUCAGCAGAAAUACAAGGAGCUGAAGAAAAAAGAAGAAGAGAUUGAUCGUUACAUGGGGUCAUUUGAGGGCACUUGGGCUCAGGAGCAGGAGAAGAUUAUACAGUGUCAGGAGAACAUCAUUUCCAUCCUGGAGCACUGCAGCAGGAACAUGUCGCGGCUACGUCAGGUGGAUCAAGUGACAGCCAAUGAACUGAAGAACAUGCAGGAAGUGCUGGUUAGUAAGGAGACGGAGAUGGUUCAGUCAGAGAGCACUGCCAGGGGACUGACAACUGAGUCACAGCGUCUGCAGCAGGACUUGGAGAAGAUGCAGCAGCUCGAGGGAAAGAUCACAGGUGAGCUCAGCAGCCUGAAAGAGCGUAUCCAUGCUAUGGAGACUGAGCUGAUCACCUACAGGGACCUGGACACCCUGAGGCAUGAAGCAGAGGAGAAAAAAAAGAGACUACAGGAGGAGCGGGUGUCUCUGUCUCAGCGUCGGGAUUCUUUCAAGCAGCUGCUUGAUGAAAUGAACCAGAAAUAUGAAGCUCUCAAGACCAAACUGCAAGAAAACGAAACUCAUACUCAGCUGGCUAAUCUUGAGAGGAAAUGGCAACACUUGGAGCAAAACAACUUCGUCAUGAAAGAGUUCAUCGCUUCAAAAACCCAGGAGAGUGACUACGGCUCAGUCGCCAAGAACGUCUUCCAGCAGGUUGAUGAGUACAACAAGAGUCUGAUAGAAUCUCUGCAGAACCACAGGAGUUAAACAUAGGCAAAAAGUGUCACAUUUAAGAUUCUUCAGCCUGACAGAACACUUCAAAAUGAUACAGAAAACAUGCCUGUUUAAGUCUCACUUAAAAAGAGCUCAUUUCCUAGAAUCAAACUGCUCGUGGCUGUGAAAAAAAAUACCAAAAUGUAUGUGUAGUGAAAAAUUAUAUUUAUUUGCAAAAUUUUGUAUUUUAAUGCAAAAGACAGUGUAAUUAUAAUAAGAAUAAAAAAGUUUUCAGAA